CCGGCGCGGCUCCCGGGCGCUGUCGGCGCGCUCAGUCAUGGACCGUAACCCCUCACCGCCGCCUCCCAGUCGGGACGAGAAGGAGCAUGAGGAGACUGCUGGAGGGGACUGCAUUGGGAGCACGGUCUACAGCAAACACUGGCUCUUUGGCGUCCUCAGCGGGCUCAUCCAGAUUGUUAGACCUCAAAACACCAAAUCUGGCUCAGAUGAUGAGGAGCAGCAGAUGGAGCUUGAUGAAGAAAUGGAGAAUGAAAUUUGCAGAGUAUGGGAUAUGUCAAUGGAUGAGGAUGUGGCUUUAUUUCUCCAAGAAUUUAAGGCUCCUGACAUAUUUAUGGGAGUACUGGCCAGAUCCAAGUGUCCUCGAUUAAGAGAAAUCUGUGUGGGGAUUUUAGGUAAUAUGGCCUGUUUCCAAGAGAUAUGUGUGUCCAUCAGCAGUGAUAAAAAUCUUGGGCAAGUGUUAUUGCACUGUUUGUAUGAUUCAGACCCGCCUACUCUGCUGGAAACAAGCAGGUUGUUGCUUACUUGCCUUUCCCAGACAGAAGUGGCCAGUGUCUGGGUUGAAAGGAUACGAGAACAACCAGCUAUUUAUGAUAGCAUUUGUUUCAUCAUGUCAAGCUCAACAAAUGUUGACUUGCUGGUGAAAGUGGGGGAGGUUGUGGACAAGCUCUUUGAUUUGGAUGAGAAACUAAUGUUGGAAUGGAUUAGAAAUGGGGUUGCUCAGCCUUUGGGCCAACUCCAGGAAGAUUCUGAAGAGCAGCCAGUAUUUAGGAUUGUGCCCUGUGUACUUGAAGCUGCCAAACAAUUACGUUCUGAAAACCCAGAAGGGCUUGAUGUUUACAUGCAUAUCUUACAGUUGCUUACCACAGUGGAUGAUGGAAUUCAAGCAAUUGUACAGUGUCCUGAUACUGGAAAAGACACUUGGACUUUACUUUUUGACCUGGUCUGCCACGAAUUCUGCCAGUCUGAUGACCCACCCAUCAUAUUGCAAGAACAGAAAACAGUGCUAGCCUCUAUUUUUUCAGUGUUGUCUGCCAUCUAUGCUUCACAGGCUGACCAAGAACAUCUAAAGACAGAAAAAGUAGAUCUUCCUCUGAUUGACAGCCUAAUUCGGGUGUUACAAAAUAUGGAAGAUUGUCAGAAGAAACUAGAGAACUCUGCAGAGUCUAACCAAGAAGAAAAUAAAAAGUCUGAUCCAACCCAAUAUGACUUCCACUUGAAAAUCUUAAAGGAUAUUUCAUGUGAAUUUCUUUCUAAUAUUUUUCAGGCAUUAACAAAGGAGACUGUGGCUCAGGGGCUAAAGGAGGGCCAGUUAAGCAAACAGAAAUGUUCCUCUGCAUUUCAAAACCUCCUUCCUUUUUAUAGUCCUGUGGUGGAGGACUUCAUUAAAAUCUUACAUGAAGUCGAUAAUGUCCUUGCUGAUGACCUGCAGGAAAGCUUCCCAACUUUGAAGGAUCAGGCUUGAAAAAUGAGUUGGAAUUUCUUCUGUCUAAGAAAUAAACUUGAUUUUUUUCAUAGUUGAAAUUGACAUAAAGGAAAUAUUAGAUAAAACUGGUACUAGACACAAUUGCCUAGUGUUGUGCCCUUCUUCCUCUCUAGACUUACCUCAAUUAUUUGGUAUUAAAAUCUGAACUUCACCUCCCUCUAUUUUUAAUAUUGCUUAUGAGUUAUUUAUCUUUAGUUGAAGAGAGCAAAAAUACAAACUUACCAUUGAGGUUCUUCUAAGAAUAUUUGAGGGGUUGGUAAGGUUUUCUUCAUAACUAUUACUUUGAUUUUUAUGUGAGAAUUUUGUGUUGGUAUCCCCUACAAGUACAUUCAGCUGCAGUAACAGAAAACUCUUAUUAGUAACUUAAGUCUUUUAUGUAUUUUGUGUAUUUAUGCAAUAAGAAGUUCAGAGUGGGGCUGUCCAGCUCUGAGAAGUAACUCAGGGACACUGCUUCCUUUUAUCUUUCCAUGAGACAUGUAUACCUUUAUAUUCAUGUUUAUUGUUUCAUGGCUAAGGGUUCUUCAUUCAGAAAGAAAAAGAGGCAAAGGGGUUUCCUCUAGCAAGUCUUAUCCUUUGUAUUGAAAGGAUAGCCCUCUCUGGCCUUCUUUAUCACAUGGUCAUUCCUAGUUGUAAAUGUUUAAAAUUUUUUCUUUGUAGUCUAUGUAGGAGAGAAUAGUAAGAAAGAAGGGAGGUAUGAAUGGUGCUUGGAUAGCCAGUUGAUGGUCUUUGCUAUAACAUGUAAAUAUAUUUUAGCCACUUUGUGAAAGUAAUUUGUGUUGAUUCCUUUCCAAACUGUUAGUAAUUACUCAAAAGCAGUUAUUGCUCUUAGUUUACCUUUGUUACAUUUCAAUUUUAUUUUCCUACAUUGGACAUAUGAAGGUAGAAAUGUUGACAUUGUGAUAAAAGCAUAUUAGCCAAUUUCUUUUUUCAGCAUUAUUCCAGUAGUUGAAUUUCAGAAAGUGAUUCGCUUGAGGAAAUUCAGAUUUUUUAAAAAAAAUUAAGAUUGAGGGGAGUUGGUAGCUUCUGAUGAUUUACAAACUGUGCUGUACACACACACUUUAUUACUCUGUAUAGUGUUUUCUAAUGAAUGAAUUGUAUUCAGGUACUAUCAACCAGCUAUGCUUAAAAAAGCAUCCAGUUUGUAUUAUUUCAGAUACUAAAAAGUGGAAUUUCUAAUAGAUUUAAAGAAAAUAUCAGUUAUGAGUAAUAAAGCUAGCUUUUAAAGCCCAUUCCACAGUUGUCUUAGAAUCUUUUUUUUUUUUAAUAUUUAUUUUUUAGGUGUAGUUGGACACAAUGCCUUUAUCUUAUUUAUUUAUUUUUAUAUGAUGCUGAGGAUCGAACCCAGGGCCUCACAUGUGCUAGGUGAGCGCUCUACCGCUGAGCUACAACCCCAGCCCCUGUUUUAGAAUCUUUAAGGUAGUGGUCUUUUCUUACACUUUGUUUACUUUCCUUGAGGGAUUUUUGUUGAUAAAACACAGAGAUAACUCUUAUUGAUAAAAGAAGACUGAUUCCAGUUUGGAGGAAGUUUUAUUGUUUGAAUUAUCACUGUUGAAAAGAAUGAGACCAUAAAAUUAAAAUCUUAGAGUUGAAACUUUUAACUGGUAGGUUUACUUUAUGUUUGUAUGUCCUGAGGGCUGGUCUUAUUGAUAGACUGAAUGUGUUUAUUUAACAUGAAGUUUCAGAGGCACCAGUGAAAUGACCUGCUAGCCAAUGCUAAAACUCCAGUUUUAUUUCUUUAAAUAUAAGGUUGAGAUGCAAAUACCCUAUAAAAGUAACACUUGAAAUUAUUGGCUUUAUUUUCCUUAGUGCAUAUACCUUUCAUAUUGCUUUCCUGAAAACAUGUUUUAAGGGGGGGAACACAAGGCUUGGGGGUUCUGAGGAAGAGAGUGCUACCCAGAGGAUGAGUUAUAGAGGGAAAAAAAAUGGGUUAUUUUAUAGGAAGGUAGGAUGUGUUAUUUCUGAUUCACAUUUCUUUUACUUUGGACCUGACCUAUUUUCUUUAUUAUUUCUUUCUAUUAUAACAUUAUAAGCUGCUUUCGUAGUAUUUUUUGAUACAUUUGAACAUUUGUUAAAUCUGUAAAUUAUAAUAAUAGUUCAGUAUAAACUUUUAAAAUGUUACAUGAUCUGAAGAGUUCACUACAAUGUUCUAUAUUUGAAUCAGUUGCAGUGGUAUUUUGAAUGAUGGUUCUCCAGAACAUAAAUAUGAUAUUUGAAAGUACAUGUACAAAUAAAAUUGAAACUCACUCUUUCCCUACACUUUUUUGUAGGAGGAGAGGGAAAAAAUUGAGAGGAACUUGAGUUAGCCUUUAUUAUAUGUGGUGUCAUUGUUUCUAAUUAAAUUUGAAUUAGAUUUUCAAAGUAUUUAAAUCAUUUUUUAAAAAAGACAUAUUCUCCAGGGCUGUGGUUGAAGCUCAGUGGUAGAGAGUUGCCUCGUACACGUGAGGCACUGGGUUUGAUCCUCAGCACCACAUAAAAAUAAAUAAAUAAAAAUAAAGAUAUUUUGUCCACCUACAACUAAAAAAAAUAAUAAUAAUAAAAAAAGAAGACAUAUUCUUCUGCCUUUUUAGAAGAUAUUUUGUCCCUUUCAGUUAAUGGGAUAUUAUUAAACUCUUGUUUUUUUUGGCUGAUCCGUCAUUCUAGAUGAAGAACUUUUCCAACUGUCUUUAAUUUCCUAUUGCCUUACUUUUGAAUUACUCACCUUGAUAACUCUGGCAUUUUAAGUGAGGAAAAGUUUAAAAGGCACCUCUCAACAUGUAUACUUUUACAUGUGAACACACUCAUACACACAAACUUUUUUUAAUGAUGUGCAUGCAGAAACUAACUGUAGACAUUAAGGAACAACCUCUGAAGUAAAUCAUUAAGUCUUAAGUGAACAUCACUUUCUGUUGUACAGGAUUGAGCUAUAGUGAUGGUGUAGAGCUGUGUUUGAGUAAAUUAAAGAAAAGGAAUGCUGAGAUUAUAGAUUAUCUUGCCUGUUUUAACUAGUAUUCUUUAUAACCUUAUCAAUAUCCUAUUUUUUCAAGGAAUAGAUUUCUGUAAUUUAGGGUUAAUGUAUUCUAUAUGAACAUAUCUUUUACCACUUUGCAACUUUAAUCUUUUCUAUAUUCUUGGUAGAAGUUUUAAGGAAGGAAAAAUAAGUAAGUAUCACUCUUGAGAUCCAUUCCGAUAUUUUUGUUACUAGUGUGAGAUCUAAUCCAAGAACCAUUAUGAACGGUCAUGUAUGUACAAUGAAAUGGUAUGAUGUCUUGGAUUUGCUUCAAAAUAGUCUUCAAAAUAGGGGUAAGAGGAAGGAAGGUGGGAUAAGUGAAAUAAGAUUGGCUAUGAAUUGGAAUUGCUGUAGCUGGGUGAUGGUUACAUGGGGGUCUGUUACACUGCUGUUUCCUCUAUUUUUGUAUGUUUGAGAUUUUCUAUUAAAGUUUUUUAAAAACAAA